AUGGAUAUGCCUUCCUUUAAAAAAACUCUUAAUAUAGAAUCUACAUCGAUAACUUCUGCAGUGGGUAAUUCAAUAGAUAACACUAAUUACGUGGUUCUAACAAUUACUGAAAAUGAGAUCUCCAAAGAACAAAAAAAAGAUGAUGACUCCGACGACGAAUAUUCUCGCCGGCAUAAACAUCACAAGAAAUCAACUAGUUCUAAGCAGCGCUCUUCCGCUUCUAAAGAACAAGAAG